AUGUUCACUUUUCAGCAUCAUACUGAUAACUCAAAGGUUCUCACUGGAGUCGUCUUGCCGAGGGACACAGGAACAUCGCAGCUUACGGGUGUUGUUAGUAUUCAUGUAUUCCAAACCCUUGAUGGCAACGAAAUUCAACUCUUCGAAAUCACGCUUAACAAUUUCGCCCCCAGUACAGCAGGUGCCGAGGCCUGGAUCACACAUGAUAUGAGCAUAGUGGUUGCUUCCAACUCUUUAGAAACGAUGAUUCCUGGCAUUAUUAGGCGUUUACGUGGAGGCGAUCAGGCUCGUUUCUUGGUAGGCGUCGUCAACAAGGACAGUAUCAAGCCAGGAACCCCCAUUUCUGACGUCCAAGUACUCAUUGAUGGACGACCAGUGGGGAAUCAAUGGGACGCCAUCGCUGGCAUCCCCGAUUUCUACCCUGGAGACGACAGCUUGAUGACCCAUGAGAGUGCCGAGUGGUUUGAUAAUGCAAAAUUCGGACUCUUUGUUCACUGGGGCAUCUAUUCCGUCCCCGCGUGGACUGUCCGGGACGCACAUAAUCCCGCCAAUGAAUCCUCAGCGGUGUGGACCCAUCACAAAGAAGUAUAUGGAGAAGACUUUCUCUACGAUGAUUUCUUCCAAGAUGAGUUUAAUGCGACGGAAUUUGUCCAGUUUGUUGCCGAUAUAGGUGCCAAAUAUUUUGUAAUCACUACUAAGCACCACGAUGGCUUUGCGCUGUUCGACACUGGAAAUUCAUCUAAUAGGAACUCUCUCCUGCAUGGACCAAAACGCGAUCUCAUCGGCGAGAUCGUGAAUGCAACCAAAGCAACGCAGCCGCAAUUGCACACUGGAUUAUACUUCUCACUUCCGGAAUGGUUUAACCCUGCUUUCGCUAAAAAUGCAUACAAUUCAAGCGAGUAUGAGCCAUACACAGGUUACAUCGAAGUGGACGACUUUUUGCAAGAUAUUAUGAAGCCACAGAUGGAAGCGCUGUUUUAUCAGUACGAGACUGAUAUUCUUUGGUGCGAUAUUGGUGGGCCAACCGUUUUCCCGGAUAUUGCCCCGAGAUGGUUCAACUGGGCAAAAGAAAACGGUAGACAAGUCAUCGCAAACGCCCGAUGCGGAGCGAACUAUUCUGACUUUGAUGUGAAACUGCGAAAAUGGGAAUCGAGUGAAGGUUCUGAUCCCGACUCGUAUGGUUAUAACCAAGAUACCCCCGACGCUAAUUACCGGAAUGCGACAUACAUUCUUCAUUCGCUUAUUGACAUUGUGUCGAAGAAUGGCAAUUAUCUCAUCGAUAUUGGCCCUACAGCAAACGGAACGGUCGUGUCCCCAUCGAGGACUUCCUUGCUCAAAGUUGGGGAGUGGCUCAAGUUUGCGGGGGAGGCAAUCUACGACACGCAGUAUUGGUAUGUGACCGCCGAGGAAGAUGACCUCCGUUUUACUACAAAACCGGAUGCUUUCUAUAUCAUUUCUCUUUCUUAUCCAAUCAACGGGACGCUUCGCUCAGUGUCUCCCCUACCUUUAAAAGAUGGCGAUGUAGCGACGUUUCUAGGACCCAAUCAGAGUCCGAAGGAGCUGGCUUGGUCGUGGUCCGAGAACGGGGUAUUCGAGCUGGUUGCUGACGAAGAAGUGCUGGCGAUGGUGCAAGAUGCAUGGGCCUUCAAGAUCACGUAUACCCAACGCAUCGAUCAAAUGAACCACUCCGCCGUACCAAACGAGUAGAAUGGGUGUUCC